AUGACAUCCAUCGACUCUCCAGUGUCACGACCACCCUCCAACACCACGCCAUGUCCGACCAAUCUCCUCACUCUCCCCUAUGAGCUCCGACGUGCAAUCUUCUGCUACUACUUCACGGCAGAAGGCGGAUACGCCUUUAACGCCGAAUCAGAACAGCUCACAACCGCCGAUGGGAGUCUCAUUGAACUCUCACUGAUGUAUACCUGCCGAUCCAUCGCUGACGAGACAAAAUAUUUACCCUUCACACUCAAUUCGGUCACAUUCUCUACCAUGCUCCGCGACGAUCUAAGUCCAUGGGCUGCUCGUUUCGAGUACCUAUCCAUCUUCCAAUGCCUGUUACAGUCGGACCUCUUGGUGCAUCUGAGAGACGAUAUCACUCCCGAGAUCUAUUCUCAAAUCGUACUAAAAUUUCCUCGAUUCGCGCCGCAUCUAGAAAAGACCAGAACGCGUAUUCGCGAGCUGGUCAGCCACAUGUUUCCGCAUUGGACUGGUUCCCAGUCACCAUACGAUCUUGAGAACAUCUGGUUAAAGCCUUGGGCUAUGCCGGACUCCUCCGUCCUCAGAAGAAUAGGACAACUGUUCGGAGACGGCGCCGCAUGGCAACAACUCGGGGACUGGUAUCCAGGGUGCACAACCAGCGACAUGGAUUCUGAGGCCGAAGAUCAAGAGGCCAGCUGGCUCUUUCGUGAGAAGUUCCGCUUUUCGGCAGCGUCUGUAGCCAUCUGGUUUCUCGAGCGUCUCCCGAAUGAAGCGCGACGGCAAUUUAGGAACGUCAUAUUGCGCGAGGAUCAUGUCUCGUUGCAUAGCCCAGAAUGCCACGCCCAUGGGCUCAUCCCAUUCUGCCAAGAGAAUCCACGCCUUCACAUCGAGCGGCGCAUUAGUCUCUUUCAGAAUGCAUUUCACCAUGUGCCAGGCCUGAGACGCCUGACUCGACUGGUCGAAAAGACCAAUGACGAGGAUAUCCCGCUCAAGACCCGUUGGAUUACUCGGAACCUAUACGGCUGGUUAUCGGAGGCAUUGGCCGCUGUGGAUGCUGGAAUGCCAGAAACGUCUUUCACACUGGUUCUUGACGGAGACCCCGACAUUAAUACCUGCUCUGAUAUUUUCCAGCAGGUCGUUCAUCGAGAUAUUGCCUGCGAGAGGGCAUAUCAAAAACGCCAGGCUGAAGACGGCUCUCCGACUCACGACCGCUACCCCGUAUGUGAAUUUGUGCCGGAGGGAUUCUCAGAAGCCAUUGACCACUUGCUCCGCCAAACCUCGAUCCUGCGUUGCAACUUUCACCCCGGUGCGUCCUGGGACCCUGAUAAACUAGCUGAGGAGCUCUCGCCUAUACCUCUGGAUCGUUGGAAAGAUCAUGACUCUUGCACCAAGCCUAAAGUUAUUUAUCUAUCUCCUUGCCUGCCUGAAUGGCGUGACCUACUGCUUGAGAGCUUUUAUCAAAGCCCAAGUUAG